AUGGGCAGCUCGGCGCAGCCGCAGGGUAAUGACAUGCCUCACAGCGACUCAGAGCCCUUUCCCGACUUUGAGAUGCAAGAUGAGAAACCGCCGCUGUCAUCGCUAGACACCUUAGGCAGCAUGCCGCUUCAAGAAGCUGCGGGCGUCGAGGCGACAGUCAAGUCGCCAUCCAUUCAACGCGCUGAUGCUAGCCGCCACAUCGAUGACCUGGAACUUUUGCGAGCGGAGCGAUUCAUCUCGAAUCAGGAGCACGAGGCCACAAAAACCGCAUCCAAGAAUCGGGCGCAUAACGUUGAGCCCGAAGAUGCAUUCAAUCCAACAGUCACCAAGGAGGAGCAUAUCAAGAAGAGGAACGAGGAUGCAACCCUGUACAGGUUCUGGCUGUUUCUCAAAAAGUUUCCUCGAUUUAUUCGAUACUUGGUCUACUUGUUUCCAGGAGCGGCCCUGCUUCUGAUUCCCGUGCUUCUCGGCGCUUUCAGAUACAACGACGGCAGUAACCUGGUUGGAGGUGACGGAGGUGUCGAACUGCUGUGGUUCGGAAUCUGGCUCGAGAUUGUCUGGGCCUCGCUGUGGGUGUCGCGAAUGCUGACCAGUUUGCUACCAAAAUUAUUCCAAGGCAUUGCAAGCAUCCUGGGGUCGACUACCACCAAGAAAUGGCGCGAUAUAGGUGCGCAAUUGGAAUUGCAUACAGCGCUGUUUCUGUGGUUCCUGGCCAUCUUGGUCUCAUUCAAGCCUACCAACAACAAACACCGACGUGGUACUCCCGACAAAGACAGCUCUGGUAACGACUGGGUGGACAUUUUGAACAAGGUCAUUAUAUCGCUCUUCGUCCUGUUCACCCUCAACUUCGCCGAAAAGAUUUUGAUCCAGUGGAUUGCGACCUCAUUCCAUCAACGAACCUACUCCACUCGAAUUGAGAAUAACAAGGGCGACAUGCGACAACUUGUGCAGCUUUUUGAAUACGCUAAAGCAAAGCUUGAGGACACAGACGAAUUUUGGCAAUUCCGUGACGGAAAUAGCAAUGCCAGCGGUGCGCAAACCCCAAUGGCCAACUUCCACGAAGGUGCCCGUCAGGUACUGGGAAAAGUUGGGUAUAUGGCUGGGCGAGUAGGAAAUGACCUUAUUGGCAGAAAGGGCAAUACAAACCAGCCCCGGAAAAUCGUUGCCGAGUUGCUGCGGACCACGUCUUCUGCGCACACGCUGGCCCGUCUUAUUUACCGUAGCGUGGUGCGUGAAGAUCGGGAUACUGUAUACCCCGAAGAUUUGAAACAAGUGUUCGCCACACAGGAGGAGAUUGACGCCGCAUUCGGCGUCUUUGACAAAGAUCUGAAUGGCGACAUCUCUGUGGAUGAGUUCGAGACCGUUUGCAAUGAGAUCCGUCUUGAAAAGAAGGCCAUUGCCGCCUCGCUCAAGGAUCUUGACUCGGUCAUCCAGAAGCUCGACAAGGUGUUUCUUUUCGUCAUCUUUGUCAUCACCGUGAUUGUUUUUGUAUCCAUCUUUUCGAGUUCUACAGCGGCAGGCUUGGCUUCAGCCAGCACAUCCAUCUUGGGUUUGGCUUGGGUUCUGCAGGCCACCGCUCAAGAGUUCCUACAAUCGAUUAUCUUCGUCUUCGUCAAGCACCCCUUCGAUGUUGGUGAUCGCGUCACCAUCUAUGGCUCCACAGGCGCCAAUAUGACGGGCGACGAUUACUACGUGACGGAAAUUUCUCUUCUCUACACAGAGUUCAAGAAACUGCAGGGGCACAUUGUCCAGGCUCCCAACUCUGUGCUCAACACUCUAUUCAUUCUCAACCAACGACGAUCAAACGGUCUUUCUGAUGUCAUUCCGCUGCAGUUCAAGUUCGGGACGCCUGCGUGGAUGAUUGAUGAGCUCAAAGCUCGCAUGCUCGACUUCUGUUUGGCCAACAAGCGUGAUUACCAGCCAACUAUUAUUACUGAAAUGACUGGCGUUGAUCAGAUUCGCUCUGCCAACAUGAACAUGGUGUUUAUUCACAAGUCCAAUUUCCAAAAUGAGCUCCUUCGCCUCAACCGUCACAACAAGUUUGUUACCGAACUAUUGAAUCAAUUGGAGCAAAUCGGUAUCCAGGGUCCUCUUCGUGUUGACCCCGGUGGCAGUCGCGAAUACCCCAUGUACUAUGCAGAUUCACGUCCACCCGCAUACAGCAACGGCAAGGAGCAGCAGCACGACAUGACUGCAGGCCAUGCUCCAGCUCCUUCACGCGGCGCCAUGCCUCGUCAUAAUAGUAUUAGAAGCACGCAUACUACCACGGCGAGUGAAGAGGCCAUUAUCGACUUCCAAGACGUCUUCGAAAAUCGGCGUGACCAAUCUCUCGCGAGACGAAUGGAGUCUAUUCGAGAGAAAGACAUUGCCGAACAAGCAGAAACUGAGAAGGAGUCUCGAGCCUCCACUACUGGUGCCGUCCUCACGCCCACACAAUCAGUUAACUCGCAACAACGAUCACGUCUCUUUGGCCGUUACCGAAGCGGGACUAAAAGUCAACAGCAUCGCCGGCAGCAUAGCGACGCAGUUUGA